AUGAGAGUUUCUAACCAGAAAUCAAACUUUUUUGACGAUAAUUUCCAAAAGUUGUCACAUAUAGGGAGGGGUGGGUUCGGAGAGGUAUAUCACGUGAGGCACAUGAUUGAAGGGGAAGAAUACGCGGUGAAAAUUGUAAAGUUCCUUGAUUUUGUGGUGAAUUACCGCAACUCAUGGCGUGAAGACAAUCAUCUGUUCAUUCAAAUGGAUUAUUAUCCACAAAAUCUACAGACGAUUAUCGAUAAUAAGCACAUUGUGUUUGAAAGACAAACCGGAGAAGCGAUGAAAAUAUUUGAAUAUUUUAUUUCGUGUGAAAUAUUCAAAGAACUGUUAGAAAGUGUAAAGUAUUUACACGAUUUGUGUCCACCGGUUAUCCAUCGGGACCUCAAACCGUCAAAUGUUUUGAUUUCACAAAAUAAUAAUAACACUCGGUUUAUACGGUUGUGUGACUUAGGAUUGGCCACCAGUCAUGACAUGACAUCCAUGAGCCACACCUCUAAUGUCGGAACCGCACAAUAUAUGGCACCCGAAAUAUUUCAACCCCGAUAUUACUCAAAAGUAGACAUCUAUAUUCAACAAACUGUUUGCAAUAAUUGGGCAAAUGUUUCAAUCAAUGGCAGACAAUCGGCCAACAAGUGGUCGAUCGAUUUGCCGCCGAUAUUGUUUCACUCAAUUCAUGGGGAAAACCUGUGGCUGUCGGCCAACUCGGCCAUCGCUCGACGGAACGAUAGCUAUUGUAAAAAAAUUACUGCUGAAUGGAGUGGUAGCAUUCGGUUCGGUUUCACUUCCCAUGAUCCCAUCAUAAAUUGUCCAUCAUCUCUACCUAACCACGUCUGUCCUGACCUUACAAAGAAACCGGGCAAUUGGGCUAAAGCGUUAGACGACAAGUUUGCGCUCAAAAAUAACGUACUUUUCUAUUACGUGACUGAGACGGGAGACGUUCGCUAUGGGGUUAACGGUAAAAAUGAGGGUAUUUUCUUUAAGGGAGUCUCAACUGAUUGUCUACUUUGGGCGCUGAUCGAUGUCUACGGCAAGAAUGUUGGCAUCGAAUUAGUUAAUGAGUCACACAAUUCGCCAAUUGAUAUCAAAAUGGAUAAUGAAUGGAAUUUUACUCCAAAACCUAAGAUACAAGAAGAACAGAAAUGUAUAAUAAAUUAA